AUGCUGUUCACAUCGCGGUCCACGUGGAUUUUGGCUUCGGCCAGCGUGCGUGCGCUCGCAGCAACAACUUUCCAGUCCACAGGAAACCCUAUCCUUGCAGACGGCUCCUAUUAUUCUGCUGAUCCAGCGCCAUUAGUCAUAAACGACACACUUUACAUACUAGCAGGACGAGAUCAAGCCGCCGCCAACGUGAACAAUUUUGUGAUGAACGAAUGGGAGAUUUUUAGUACUACUUCAGCAACUCCAGCAGGCGGCUCAUGGACUCUCUAUCCGGCGAUCGCAACUCCUCAGAGCAUUUUCAAGUGGGCUAUUGCUGGCACGGCAUAUGCAGCACAGAUUGUGAAAGGCGUCAAUGGGAAGUUCUAUCUCUACGCUCCAGUUACGGAAGCGAACUCCAACAAUGCGGACAAGUUUGCAAUUGGUGUUGCAGUGUCAAGCAGCCCAUUAGGACCUUUUACCGAUGCACACCCUGUAGGACCUAUCCUAUCGCAAUCAAUUCCUUCGCCUGGAAACGACAUUCAGAACAUUGAUCCUACCGUACUUGUGGACGACGAUGGCAAAGUGUACAUCUACUACGGUACAUUCGGUGCACUCCGAGGGUACCAAUUGUCGAGCGAUAUGGCUACUACAGUUGGCUCUGUCACUACCGUGAACAAUUUGACAGGGUUCUUUGAAGCGCCCUGGAUCAUGAAGCGCUCCGGAACAUACUACAUGCUCUACGCUGCAAAUAACGCCGGCGCAAAUUCACCCUGCACUCCAACAUCGUACCACGCGUGCAUAGCAUACGGAACGGCCUCUUCCCCUCUCGGACCCUGGACAUUCCGCGGCGUCAUCUUAGACAUCGUCUCUUCGACCACUUCUCACCCUGGUGCAGUGGAGUACAGGGGCAAGUGGUACCUCGUGUACCACACAGCCGAUGCAACCAACAGCGGCCACUUCCGCCGAAGUGUAGCGUGGGAUGAGCUCAAUUUCGACACACAAUCGCCCCCGCGUAUCAACAAGGUUGUGCAAACUCGCCGCGCCGUAACCGCUCCUGUUCCAACACGGAACCUUGCCGCGAAAGCAAAGGCGAGCUCCGUCAACGCAACACCCAUCCAGUACUGGGUUGAGGCUUUGCACGAUGGCAAGAUUCCUUCGAAUCCGCUGCCGCCAGACUACUGGUGCUCAUACGAUGGCGAUGCGUCGCCAAAGACGAACACUCUUAUCUACACGUGGAGCUGGGCGGUCGCACUGAACGGUGUGCGCAUGGCUUUCUUCGCUGACCAGCCGGCAGGAUCGAACAUUGGAGUACCUCCACCUGCGAGCUGGAAGGUUGAGUACUUGAAUCCUGCGGGGCAAUGGACUGUAGUGGCGAACUCGAGUGCGUACCCGGUGACGGUUACGGAUAACCCUUCAGAGGUCAAGUUUACACAGAUCACUACGGCAUCGAUUCGCGCAGUAUUAACUGCGUCUGUAAGUGGCAAUCAGUAUGGAGGUAUUGGCGUGAAGGAAUGGGAGGCCCUUGCGCCGACCGCUUCGUAG